AUGGGCAGGACCGAUCUGGGCAGCCCCGAGCCAGCCUGGGUGGGCAGGAACAGACUGCCCGCCCUCUGCGCAUCGGCCCGGCCUGCACUGGUCCCAGCCACCGGGCUAGCGGCCGCCCCUCCCUCAGCGGAGCACUCUGGCGGGCCUCCGCCGGCCUGCCGGCUCACUGGCCGGCACCAGGCUGCCGGAAACGGACCCUUUCGAGUGCAUGUCCGCCAAGAAUCAGCCCAUCGAGGGCUGUUCCUGAGUCCACAUCAUCAACCACUCGAGUCUUGA